AUGCUUAGGAGGAGUGAUACGGAUGAGCCAUGUGUUCACAAGGUUUAUGAGUGGUGGGAUGCUAUGAUUGAGCAAGUAAAGGCCGCUAUCUAUAAACAAGAAGGCAAAGAACAUGAAGAGCCUUCGGAAUUUUAUGAUGUGGUGUACACGAUUUUGCUAGCAAGAUGGACCAAGAGUUCCUCACCUCUUCAUUGCACGGCACAUUCAUUGAAUCCAAGAUAUUAUAGCAUGGAAUAUCUUCAUGGAGCUCCUAAUCGUCUUCCUCCACAUCAAGAUAGUGAGAUUUCUAAGGAAAGAAAAGAAUGUCUUAAGAAAUACUAUGCUAAUGAAGAGGAAAGACGAAGUGUGAAUGAGGAGUUUGCCUCUUUUUCGGCAUGCUUGGAUGAAUUUGCAAGUAGUGAUUCUAUCAAUGAUAGAGGUAAGAUGCCACCAAUGAAAUGGUGGGUUGUCCAUGGAUCUAGUACACCAAAUCUCCAAAGGUUAGCUUUAAAGCUACUAGGACAACCUUGUUCCUCCUCAUGUUGUGAAAGAAAUUGGAGCACCUACAAGUUUAUUCACUCUUUGAGGAGGAAUAGGAUUACACCACAAAGAGCCGAAGAUUUGGUGUUUGUGCACAAUAAUCUUCGGCUUUUAUCAAGGAGAACUCCACAAUACAAAUGUGGAGAGAUGUGGGAUAUUGGAGGGGAUGAUUUUGACUCAAUGGAUACGGUUAAUGGAGGCAUUCUUGAGGUUGCCAACCUCUCUCUUGAUGAACCGGAAUUGGAGGGUGUAAUCUUUGAUGAUGAGGAUGAAGUUGAUUGA